AUGUGGUCAGUUGUUGGGUUGUUGGAGUACGGGGGUGAUGUGGUCAGUUGUUGGGGUCCGGGGGUGAUGUGGUCAGUUGUUGGAUUGUUGGAGUACGGGGGUGAUGUGGUCAGUUGUUGGGGUCCGGGGGUGAUGUGGUCAGUUGUUGGGUUGUUGGAGUACGGGGGUGAUGUGGUCAGUUGUUGGGGUACGGGGGUGAUGUGGUCAGUUGUUGGGUUGUUGGGGUACGGGGGUGAUGUGGUCAGUUGUUGGGGUCCGGGGGUGAUGUGGUCAGUUGUUGGAUUGUUGGAGUACGGGGGUGAUGUGGUCAGUUGUUGGGGUACGGGGGUGAUGUGGUCAGUUGUUGGGUUGUUGGAGUACGGGGGUGAUGUGGUCAGUUGUUGGGGUCCGGGGGUGAUGUGGUCAGUUGUUGGAUUGUUGGAGUACGGGGGUGAUGUGGUCAGUUGUUGGGGUACGGGGGUGAUGUGGUCAGUUGUUGGAUUGUUGGGGUACGGGGGUGAUGUGGUCAGUUGUUGGGGUCCGGGGGUGAUGUGGUCAGUUGUUGGAUUGUUGGAGUACGGGGGUGAUGUGGUCAGUUGUUGGGGUACGGGGGUGAUGUGGUCAGUUGUUGGGUUGUUGGAGUACGGGGGUGAUGUGGUCAGUUGUUGGGGUAGGGGGGUGAUGUGGUCAGUUGUUGGAUUGUUGGAGUACGGGGGUGAUGUGGUCAGUUGUUGGGGUACGGGGGUGAUGUGGUCAGUUGUUGGAUUGUUGGAGUUCGGGGGUGAUGUGGUCAGUUGUUGGGAUCCGGGGGUGAUGUGGUCAGUUGUUGGAUUGUUGGGGUACGGGGGUGAUGUGGUCAGUGUGUUGGAGUACGGGGGUGAUGUGGUCAGUUGUUGGGUCGGGGUGAUGUGGUCAGUUGUUGGAUUGUUGGAGUACGGGGGUGAUGUGGUCAGUUGUUGGGGUACGGGGGUGAUGUGGUCAGUUGUUGGGGUACGGGGGGGGUCAGUUGUUGGAUACGGGGUGAUGUGGUCAGUUGUUGGGUUGUCGGAGUACGGGGGUGAUGUGGUCAGUUGUUGGGAUCCGGGGGUGAUGUGGUCAGUUGUCGGAGUACGGGGGUGA